CAGUUCCUAAAGAACUUUCAGUAUAUUACUCCAAACGUAAUGAAUUGUCCUCAUACAAAAAUUGUUUACUUUGGGGAAGUAGAGUCAUCAUCCCUGUAGCUGCCAGAAGUCAAGCGUUGGCCAUGCUACAUACCACUCAUCCAGGAAUAGUUCGUAUGAAAUCUUUGGCACGCAGCUAUAUGUGGUGGCCCAAUAUGGAUUCCGAAAUAGAAGCUACAGUCAAGAAUUGCAAUGUCUGCCAAUCUCAUCAAAGAAACCCACCGAAGGCGCAGUUACAUCCAUGGGAAUGGACGUCAACCCCUUGGGAACGUUUACAUAUUGACCAUGCUGGACCGUUUCAUGGGGCCAUUUUCUUGAUAGUGGUGGAUUCCCAUUCCAAAUGGCUGGAAGUUCGAAGAGUGCCAUCAACUUCUUCGAAAGCAACAGUUUCAGUCCAUGGACUACCAAAGGUCAUCGUAAGCGACAACGCGACAUCUUUUACAUCAACAGAGUUUACGGAGUUCUUGUCGAAAAAUGGAAUUCGACAUGCACGAAUCGCACCUUAUCAUCCUUCAUCCAAUGGCCAAGCCGAACGGAUGGUACAGGAGGUUAAACGAAAUCUUUCCAAGAUGGGGGAGGGAGACUGGGAAAUCAAGUUGGCCAGGUACCUUUUGGGACAACACACAACUCCAUCAACCACAACAAAAACCAGCCCCGCAGAAAUGCUGAUGAAAAGGCGUCUACGAACACACUUGGAUCAGAUCCAUCCUGAUUUUGCUUCGGUCAGAAAGCAAGAUGAGGAAACUGGAACUACUAGGGUGUUGCUGUCGGGUGACCCAGUGUAUAGUAGGAGUUACAGCGGUCCAUCAAAAUGGGUUCCUGCAACAGUCGUAAGAGCGACAGGCCCAGUAUCUUACGAGACGACCAACAGUGAAGGCGAAUUACAGCGCCGGCAUAUUGACCAACUUCGAAAAGGAGAGGAAGAAACGGAAACUGCAGUCAAGCCCUGUGAAUUGUCAGAGGUUGGCGAUACUUUAGCACCAACUAACUCGACUGAAGAACCUACAACAAUUGAUCAUGAACCACACGACGAACCACACAACAGUGAGCAGACAUCACGACAAUCGACACGACAGAAACGAGCACCUUUGUACCUGAAGGACUACGUGUAAUUAUAAUUCAUAGUUAUUAAUUACAUCAUUAUUCUGAUAGGGGAGGGGUGUCAUGUAU